AUGACAAUGUCAAGCCGGCAGAAGCGCAUCUUCAUGACCGGAGCAAGCGGCUACAUUGGCUCCGUGGUCACAGAGCUAGCCAUCGCAGACGGCUACACCAUACACGCUCUCUCCCGGACCGAAGCUACCGAUGGCAAACUCCGCGACCUCGGCGCCGUGCCCAUCCGGGGCGACCUCUGCUCCCUUGACACCCUCCGUCGCGAAAGCGCACAGGCGGACGCGGUCAUCCACCUGGCUACCGCCUACGUCUUCGGCGGCGAGCCGUACGAGACCUUCCGGCCCACGGACACCGCCGCCGUCGAUGCCAUCGCCGAUGCCCUCGCCGGCACCGACAAGCCGCUGGUCGUGACGUCCGGCACGCUUUGCGUCGCCGCGGAUCCCACUGGCGCCGAGACCACGGAAGCGUCGCCGGCGGACCCUAACCCUAUCAACACCCGCAUCAAGACUGAGCUGCACUCCCUGAGCCAUGCCGCGAAGGGUGUCCGGGUCACUUCGAUCCGGCUGGCGCCCUACGUCUACGGCCGAGGCGGCAGCGGCGUCGCGCAGUUCUUGGGCAUAGCGGCGAAAACGGGCGGCGUCGUGUGCGUCGGCGGCGGCGGGAACCGUACGACGGUCGUGCACGUCGACGACGCCGCGCGGCUGUACCUCCUCGCGGCGGAAAAGGGGCGGACCGGCGAGAUCUACAACGCCAGCGCCGCGACGGACGUCACCUCACGCCGGCUCUCCGAGGCCAUGGCCGCGGCCGUCGGCGUGCCGUUGAGGGACAUCAGCGCGGAGGCCGCGGAGGCGCAGCUGGGGGCCACAGUGGCGUUAUUCCUGGCGGCGGAGAACCGGGCGUCCGGGGAGAAGGCCAGGAGAGAGCUUGGCUGGAUGCCCCGCGGGCCGGGCAUCUUGGAGGAGAUUGGCAGCAGCAAGGGUUCGUAUGGGGAACUUGCCAAGGCACUCCGGAAGCAAUAG